GGCGAGCUGCCGGCGACAAUUAGAUGUCGGAGAGCGAGAUGUAACGGGUGUGUAUGUGCAACGUUUGCCGCUGUAGAGAUGUGGGGAUGCUAGAUGGACGGGGGCAGAGGACGUAAGCUCGGCCGACGACAGGACAGCAAGGAGUCGCGGGACUCGUCAGUGUCGAGCACAAGCCGCGAGGUGCGCUGCGGCUGUCAGUACUUCCAGUCGGACAGUCUGCUGCCGGAGCGGCACACAUUGGUCGGCACCAGACCUUCUAGCCGCAACAUGGGGGAUCACGAGUAUGAACCAAUCAACCCACCAUCCAGCCAGCCAGUUUCCCCACCCCUCCUUAGGGUCACAGAUCAGGAGGGUCAGGAUAAGGUUACAGAAGUGGAGAAGACCACUGAAAAGAUUGACUUCACACCAAUAAUCGACAGAAGCGAACACCAAUUUCUACGAAUACCCUUAAAUAGCGACCUUGUUAUUCCUAUCGGUAAGGAAGAAAUUGAAAGUCUUAAAUAUGAAGAUGAAGAAGACAAGGAACAAACAGAACAUGCUAUGACAGCUCAAGAUAUACAAGACCAAAUGGAAGAACGGUAUUUUUCAGGAACUCCAACAACAACGAUAUCACGGACAGAUGGUGAGUUCAACACAAGUCAGAUGGACUCUUCUGGUUUAGAUGAACUACCAUUGAAGAAGGACGCCCGAAGAGGAUUCAAUCCAAAAGGGCUCCAACAAAGACUCCAAACACAAGCUGGACGACUCAGAUCAAGAAUUCGUAGUAUACCCAGACCAAAAAUAAAUUUUCCAGAAAGACCAAAAAUACACUUACCAGAGAGGCCAAAAUUCAAUUUCCCAGAAAGACCUAAAUUCAACUUCCCAGAGCGACCUAAAUUUAAUAUCAAACGACCUGACAUAAAAUUACCAAACUUCAAUUUUGGGAAGACUAAAACCAGUAGCAUAAGACGUCCUUUAAGGGAUAGGUCACAAGUACCAUCCAACCAAUCUACUGUAGGAUCCAAGAAAAACAUAUUUGAUUCCAUUAACUUUAGAACCUAUCCUAGAAUAUUUAGCAAGAAAAAGAAAACUCAACAAGGAAGACGUGCUUUAACCCCUCCUCCCAGAAUGGAAACAGAAAGUACCCCUCCAUCUUCACCUGCCAGUAGAACAGGUCCAAUAAACCAAAGGUGGUCUCAACGCUUUAAGGACAUCAAAUUUGUUGAUAGUGACAAUCAGUCUGAUUUAAAGAAACCUUCAUUCGAUGAUGAAGUUGAAGACGACAGCGCUGCUUUUAGAGACACUGAUUUCAAAACUGCCAUUGUACUCAGUGACAAGAAACAAAUGAAGACAGAGAGUUCAAAUAGCAUUCCUGGUUCUGACAAAGAGCAGCAAUCAUCAGGCACUUCUUCUGAAAGGCACAGAGCAGGAGUUAUAGAAGAGAUUGAUUCUGAUGAAUUCUUCCUACGUGAAAAAGGUUUAAGCAGGGAAGAUGUUGAUGUCAGUCGUUAUCUCUCUCUUGAAAUUCGUGAUGCGUUUCGUUCACCUAAAAAUGCUCUUGCAAGAUUAGAUGGAGACCUAUAUGAUGAAGACAAUGAAGGUUAUGAAUUAGAAACACCACAGAAACCUUUGGGUGAGCCAAUCAGGCUGUCUAUGGAGGCAAUAAGAAAACAGUCAUUGGAACAAAUACGAAUGACUCCUGAACGAGACGAGGAGUACAGAAGUGAACCAGACCAAGACGAGGGAGAAAUAGAAGUAGAGCCUGUCAGACCAGAGCGAACACGAUCACUCAAGAAACGUGCAACAAGAAGUGUAUCAGAAGAGUCAAGAUCAGAAACAGAUAACCAAUUUAAUACUUUUCCACCAAAUAGACCAAAUAGAGUUCGUAAACAGAGUUCACAGAGCAAGCAUUCAGUUCCUUUUGAGGAUUACAAUGAACCCGAGAAAGAAAAUAUACAAGUGGAUAUCGACAAGAGACAACCAUCCAUACCAAGCUUGGCAAUUACAGACACAACAAAAGAAAUGUCUCCCACUAGGUACAUUGACGAGUCUUCUGAAGCCCUAAAUGAACCUUGGAUAGAUGAGCCUCAACCUCCUCUUCCACCAAAGAGGAGAAAAAGUACAAGGGGCUCAAGUCAGGAUAAAGAGUCACUAAGUGCACAUUACAACAAAGAAGAAUGGUUAGAGGAUGUGCAAAAUGAAGACAUGGUGCUCGAUGAGAUGAUUGCACUCCAGAGGGAAGCCGACCAAGACAGACCUCUUCAGAAUGGAUACUACGAUUCCCCGCCACCUCUGCCAAUGCGAAAAUCUAGAUCUCAAGGCACUUCAUUAGCAGACGAAGAUAGAACAUCAAGAGGAGCUGAUUCACUGAUCUCAGAAACCAGAACCCACCUGACAGAAGAUAUAGAGAUUAAGCCAGAAAUUAAAGCAUUUACUCCAGAUUACGCAGUGGUUGAAAAAACUGUAAUUGAGGCAAAACCAAAGACAGUUGUCGAAAAACCAAUCCGUCCUCCUCCACCUAGUCGAAAGAAAAAGACAGCAGCUCAGCUGACAGCUUUGAAAAACCAAAGCAUAAAUUUUUUCUUUACAUACCCCCGUAGGGCGAUUAAGAAAUCACUUCUCAAACAACAGUCCCCAGCACCCAUCAGACCUGUGAGAAACUACAGUUCUAUAGGGCCUUCUAGACCCCCUCGGCGAAACAGAGUGUUCAGGGAGCCUGUAUACGAGGGGGAGUUCAUACCUUUGAAGGCUGAAGAUGAUCCGGUUCAAGACCAAGAAGAACUGAAGAAAGAAUACUUUGAUAGUGAAAAAAUUGAUAGCAUUUUAUUAGAAACUGAAGCCGAUGAUAGUUUAAAAAAAAAAUCUGAUCAAGAAGAAUUGCAAGAAAGAGAUUUACAAUCCGGUGAUGUAAUCGAAAAGAUGAAAGGUCGCCCUUUACCUCCUCCACCUCGGCCACCAAGGAAAAAUAAAGAAGACUUCCCAGAUGCAGCUUAUGAUGAUGAUGAAGAUUUGGACAGAGAAGCAAGUGAGGAAGUUGUAGUUGAGAGGAUUGACAUUCUUGUAGGGCACCCAGAACAUGUACGAAGAGAUACAGAAAAAUCCUUAAGUCUACCACCUGAUGAUUUUGAACCUAUCGAUGAGUUUUGUGAAAGGGAUUCAGAACAAUUCUUAGAACUUGAUGCUAGUGUAGCUACUCCAGAACCUAUAGAGGAACCACCAGUUAAAGUGGAACGAAGAAAAAAAUCGUUAAGCACAACACAAGUGGCACCAACUCCUGUUUAUCCAGUUGAAGCAACAGUGUCAACACAAACAGAUACUUUACCAGAUGGCUUUUACGUUGAAGAGGAGCAACAGACAGAAUAUAGCAAGUCAGAAGAAACUCAGAGUAAAACCCCACAGCCUGAAGUGCAGAAGGAGGUUGAGGUUGAAAAAAAAGUUGAAACAAUUAUUGAACACAAAGUUGUAGUGAUACCCACCCCAGAAACUGAAAUACUGAAAGCUAGAAAGAUUCAUGUUUCUGAAUUAGAUGUUGAGAAACUCAAUGUUACAGAGCUCCAGGCUCAGAAAAUCACUGUUUCUGAUAUUGAUGGGGUAUCAAUGCAAGUCACUGAAUUGACAAGUAAAUCCGGACACUUGGUUGUAAGUGGGAUUGAUCUUCCUUCUUCUUUUUUGGAAGCACUAAUCCCUCCACCACCACCAGCACCAAUCAUCCAAAUACAGUCAGCAACACAGACACCACCAGAGAUGACAGAUUCUCAAACAAACACCACACCACAAGAGGAGUUGCCACCUCGAUUUAUAGUCCAACCUGUAGAGAUUGCACCAAAUCCAUCUGCUCAGCCACAACCUUUACAAUCACCAAGUCCGGUUCAACAACCAAUUUUAAUACCACAGCUUAUUCAAUCACAACCACUUCUGUCACAAUUAACUCAACCAGGACUUUACAUUCAAACCCAGCAACCGGUUGACUCUCAACCAACGCCUCUUCCAACACCAUCUCCUCCACAAAAGAGGCCAUCUCCUCCUCCUUCAAUUGUUAUCCAAUCACCACAAGGUCAAUCAUCUCCUGCUUAUGUUCCCGGGUUGAUCCCCUCAUCCCCACCCCCCAGAUCACCCCCGAGAACAAGAUCUCAUGGACACGAUUCCGAAGAGGAACUCAGAAUGUUGCCUCGUCGGAGAAGGCACCACUCACACAAGCAUUCUACGCAAUAUUCCAGUGAUGAGGAAGACGAAGAAGAGUUUCCAAGUUUUCCAAUCGCUCGCAGGACACACCAGCGUGAGCAGAACUCUGCAGAGUUGAUCCGACAACUGGUCAGCAUCUGGCAGGCCUCAUUUAUGAGAGGAGUCAACCAUGUCGUUGAGGGAUUGAACACCGCAUUCCCCGAGGGUGAGAAGAGGAAGGACGCACAAACAGCUGCUUGCAUCAUCCUUGUCCUAUUCGCUGGGCUGAUAAUGCUUGGUUGGGGAACAGACAGGACAGUACACCAUCACCACUGGGAUUUCUUACCCCCAAACCCCUGAUCUUAUAUUAUUUCUUCUCCAUUAUUUAUUUCAUUCAUUUCAACACGUUUUUAAUUUAUAAUACAAUUUACCUGUUUAUAUAUAAAGUGUAAGAGAAGCUUGUAAAUAAAUAGUAUGUUGUGAUUGUUUUUUUUAUAAA